AUGGCCAACAUCAUCUGGGUUUUGGUGGUCAAGGGCGUUGGGUUCAAAUACAGCAUCACUUCGGAGACCUCUCGAGAGAUGCGCGAACACCACUCCCAGUCCUCCAAGAGGCGCCGCUCAAUCGACGGUCAAGAAAAAGCCAGCGAUAGAAACAAGCGCCUUAGAAUCAACAAAGAUUCUACCCAGCCACCGACAUCCUCUCCCGCUUCCCCCGAACCAUUGACGAUCCCCUUCUCCGACGGACGAACUGCAGUGACCGCCCCCGACGAUGGGAACCUUCGUGACGCCGGCCAGGGUAACCAGCAGUCGAUCGAGACCGGACAACAUCGGCCACCUAACACCCCUACUCUGACGGUCAUUGAAAGAGCCACGGUCCUUUGCAAGCCCAUACCCUUCUCUCAUCAGCGCCAACUUUCAGUCCUGGAAAUCAGCUUUGGAUCAACUUGCCAGACAAACUUCUGUGCACAGAUUGAGGGGUUUACCAGUAUGUGGGUGGCCAAACUAAGCUGCACGGAUCUCUGCGAUGAGCUUUUUCGACAUGUCCUGGGAGAAGACGAUACGCGCCUACUAUGUAGCAUCAUGGUCGGUGAAAAGCAGUCCAGCCAGGUCAUGAGAAUGCACCCGAGUGGUACUGGGCUCACAGGGAAUUAUCGCAACAUAGUCCACAUCAUUAUGUGGCCUCAAGCUGAGCUCGGGGAUGGUCCUUCGCGAGAUAUGAAUCUGGGAGAGGAGGCGGGUGUCAGAGAGUUCGUGGAGAUGAUUGGGGGUUGCUGGAUCGAGUAG